UCCUGCGUCACUAACUGGCGAGGAAGGCGGCGGUCACGUCUUUCCAGCGUUUUGAUCUACUCUUCGUGUUUUGUUGAGUGCCCCAGACUGGAGGAAGUAAGAUAAGUGAAGGAAGGGAUGGCUGAUUCCAACCUUGGGGGUCAUGAACAAGAACAUUCCAGUGAGAAACCCUACAUGUGUGGGGAGUGUGGAUACAGGACUGCUCGUAAGUCUCACUUAUCCCAACAUAUGAGAAUACACACUGGAGAGAAACCCUACAAGUGUGACCUGUGCGACUAUUCUUCAGCCCAGAAAUCCAACUUGGACUGCCAUCUAGCUAAACACACCGGUGAGAAACCCUACAUGUGUGGGGAGUGUGGCUACAGAACUGCUUAUAAGUCUCACUUAUCCCAACAUAUGAGAAGACACACUGGAGAGAAACCUUACAUGUGUGGGGAGUGUGGAUACUGGACGGCUCAUAAGUCUGCCUUAUCCCAACAUAUGAAAACUCAUACUGGAGAGAAACCCUACAAGUGUGACCAGUGUGACUAUUCUGCAGCACGGAAAUCCACUUUAGAUAGCCAUCGAGUAAAGCACACCGGUGAGAAACCCUACAUGUGUGGGGAGUGUGGAUACUGGACGGCUCAUAAGUCUGCCUUAUCCCAACAUAUGAAAACUCAUACUGGAGAGAAACCCUACAAGUGUGACCAGUGUGACUAUUCUGCAGCACGGAAAUCCGCUUUAGACAGCCAUCGAGUAAAGCACACCGGUGAGAAACCCUACAUGUGUGGGGAGUGUGGUUACUUGACAUCUAGUAGGUCUUCCUUAUCCAAACAUAUGAGAACUCAUACAGGGGAGAAACCCUAUAAGUGUGACAUGUGUGACUAUUCUGCAGCCCGAAAAUUCGCAUUGAACAGCCAUCGACUAAAACACACCGGUGAGAAACCCUACAUGUGUGGGGAGUGUGGAUACAGGAUGGCCCAUAAGUCUGCCUUAUCCCAGCAUAUGAGAAUUCAUACAGGAGAAAAACCCUACAAAUGUGACAUGUGUGACUAUUCUGCAGCACACAAAUGUAGUUUGGAGAACCAUCUAGCUAAACACACAGGUGAGAAACCCUACAUGUGUGGGGAGUGUGGAUACAGGACGGUUGAGAAGUCUGCAUUAUCCAGACAUAUGAGAACUCAUACAGGAGAGAAACCUUACAAGUGUGACCAGUGUGACUAUGCUGCAACCCGGAAAUUCCAGUUGGAAAGCCAUCGAUUAAAACACACUGGUGAGAAACCCUACAUGUGUGGGGAGUGUGGGUACAGGACUGUUCAGAAGUCAACCUUAUCCAAACACAUGAGGACUCAUACAGGAGAGAAACCUUACAGGUGUGACUUGUGUGACCAUUCUACAGCACAGAAAUCCAGUUUGGAUAUGCACCGAGUAAAACACACCGAUGAGAAACCCUACAUGUGUGGGGAGUGUGGAUACAGGGCAGCUCAUAAGUCUUGCUUAUCUAAACACAUGAAGUCUCAUAUGGAGGGAAAAUACAAAUGUGACCAGUGUGACUACUCUACUGGGAAAAAAUGGGUUUUGGACUGCCAUCGACUAAAACACACUCGUCAGGUGACAAGCCCUACAUGUGUGGGUAGUGUGGGUACAGGACAGCUGUGAGGUCUAACAUAUACCAACAGAUGAGAACUCAAAUGGGAGGAAAACCCUACAAGUGUGACCAGUGUGAGAAAAAGCCUUUGAUUACAGAGUAGCAAAACCUUUUUGUCACAUUAAAUUUGUGAAUAGGACUAGCAUCACAAAGAAGAUCUAGAUAUAUAAGAUACAUUUGUAUUGUCAGAUUUAUGAAGACGUGAAAAAAUAUCUUAAGGUAUGAAGCAUACAUAAAUAAAUAAAUAAAUAAAUACAUGUAAGUAUGUGCAAGGAAAAAGAAAUCGACAUUUGAAAGAAUUCUGCAUGAUAUGAUAAAUUGUUACAACGAAUGACAUGAUAUUGCAUUAUAUUGCUAGUGGUUUGGUAAUAUGUUUAUACUAGAAUGCAGUUUUGUAUAACUGCAGUUGCAAUAAGGGGAUCACAAGGAAGUACCGGUGGGGAUAUGACCACAAUGAUACGUGAAACAGAUAAAUACAAUUUUAUGUUCCCUGCCGAUUCUUGGUUUGUCACCAGUGAAAGAUGGUGUUCACCAUGUUAACAUCAUUAAAGAACAGACAAACCGUACUUGGGAU